AUGAGCAGAAGGACCCCACCCUCGCUCGAGCAUCUCGCCAUGCAGAAUCUGCUGAGCCACCCGGCCCUGGCCAACUCUGCCCUAGAUGAUCUGCCCAUGCUGCUGUUCCCUUCGCUGUUUAUGGAGGCCUACAUUGGGGGCCACAAAGAGGUGUUAAAGGCCAUGGUGCAGGCCUGGCCCUUCCCCUGCCUCCCCCUGGGGGACCUGGCACAGCCACCAGACCUGGAAAUCAUCAAGGCUGUCCUGGAUGGGCUAGAUUUGCUACUUAGCAACAAGGAGCGCCGAAAUCGGUGGAAACUACAAGUCGUUGACCUGCUGGGUGAGCACCCAGGCAUUUGGACGCUGGGGUACCCUGCCAUGGCACAAAUCUCCUAUCCAGGGUUCCCGCCAGGUGAGUUAAGAGCAAGUCCCUGGACAGGAAUGGGUGAAGAGCAACCCUUGAUGAUCGCCAUGGACCUGACCAUCGCCCAUAGCCCCAAGGAUGAUCUCCAAGCCUUCCUGCUCCAGUGGGCCUGGGAGAGGAGAGAACGAGUCCGUCUGUGCCCCAGGGUGCUGGAGAUUCUGUCUGACUCCAGCUCUGAAACCCAGAAGGCUCUGCAAGUUGUGAAUCCAGACUCAAUACUGGAACUGCUGGUGAGUAAAUUGUGUCUCGGAGAAACCGAGAAAACCUUUGCUUUUUUACUGAGCCAGAUGAAGAAACUUCGCAUCCUGAGUUUCUGUAAUAUGUGUGCCCACCUCGACACUUCCAGCUCCCCAAAUUUCUCGUGUUCCUCCUUCCAACUGGGGGCACAUCUGGGGCAGCUGCAGCAUCUCCAGGAGGUGCGUAUGAAAGAAAUUGUCUUCCUUGGUGGAAAGCUACCCGCCAUCUUCAGGAGCCUGCCGCCUUUGAAGGACUUGUUUCUGAGCUCGUGUAACCUGCAGGAAGCUGACCUGAGGUUUCUGUCCCGGUGUCCUUGCACCAGGCAGCUCAAGCACCUGUGGCUGAGGAAUUUGUCUAUGAAAAGCUUCAGUCCCGAACUCCUGAGAGCCCUGUUGGAGCAAGUGGCCAGCACCCUGGAGAUCCUGGCCCUGGAGAAAUGUGAAAUCACAGAUGCUCAGGUCUCAGCCAUCCUACCAGCCCUGAGCCAGUGCUCCAAGCUGAGCUCCUUUAGUUUCUAUGGAAACCACGUCUUCAUGGACACCCUGCAGAGCCUCCUGGGCCUCAUGGCUAGGUUGGGCCACUUGAAUGAAAGCAUCUAUUCUCCCCCUGUGGAGAGCUAUGUACCCACAGGGAACUUGGACCCUGACAGGUUUUUUCAGGUUCUGGCUGGGUUGGCCCAAGAUUUGAGAGAUGUGGUGACAACCCCUAAUAAGAUCCAGAUCUGUCCAGGUUUCUGUCAUUUGUGCAACUAUUUCCUAUACUACUUCCUGGGGCCAGAUGGUUCCUGGGUGCUCAGAGAUGAGGAGUUCCAUAACCAUGAGGCUCUGGCUGGGUAA